GUGUAAACGGUCAUGGAUUUUUCUCCUAAAGCUGGUGUUAAUGUGGAAAAAUAUUACAAAGAUUCGUAUGGCACAAUCGAAAAUUUGAUUUCUUUGUCCAAGAAUGGUAAUGUUACUGCCCAAAGCGACCUUGGCAUGGCUUACUCUCAAGGAAUUCGGAAUUUUGUCGAGAAGGACAUGGAGAAGGCAACUGGAUGGUUAAACUCCGCUGUGGAAAAUGGUUGUGUUCAUCCUUUGAUCUUUACAAGACUUGGUGAAUUACUGGAUCUAACAGGAACGCCACAGUACCAGCGAAAAGCGUACGAGAUGUAUCAAAGGGCUGCAAACUUAGGAUGCGCCGAAUCACAGCUCAAUUUAGCAGAAAUGUAUCGAUGUGGCGUCGAAGGCGUUGUAAACGAAGACAUCAAAGAAGCAUUUGAAUGGUACAAAAAAGCCGCUGAUGAGAGUGAAUCUGAGGCAACCACGGGUUAUGGAGGAAUUGAUCGAUAUAUUGUUGGAACAAUGAAAAGAGUGGGAAACGGACCCGGUGAGACAAGACUGGAUGCUUUGAGACUUUUGCAAAAGUACUAUCUUAAUGGGGAUUGCCCAGAGGGCCGACCACAACCGACCAAAGCUGUUCAUUAUUUGACCAGAGCGGCUGAAUUGGGCGAUACUGAGGCCCAAUUGAAGCUGGGACAAAUAUAUUUGACUGGAAGUUGUGAGCAAAUCAAAGAUGUUAAAAAGGCAAAGCGAUGGUUGGGAAAAGCUGCUGCUAGUGGUGAUGUCAUGGCGAAACAGCUUCUUCAGCAGUGCAAACAGUGUGAUGAUAAGCAGCAUGAUGCUUCAGAAGUCAGCAAGGAGGCCCUUGUGCAAUCAAUUGAAAUCAUGAACGAGAAAUCGAGUCGGAGAGCAGAGGAAAAUAAACACCCAUUUGUGAUUUCUCAACCUGUGACUUUUUCAGAAGAAAUGCUAAGACAGUAUGAGUGGUCCCCAACAGCAAAAAUUUACCUUCAAGCUUAUAAACUUGUGAAGCAAGGCCUUGAAGUUCUUUGCAAAAGUAACUUUACUGAUGAAAGAGGAGUCUCUUUUAUAGCUCAUGGAUACUUGACUGAAAAUUCUAUACUACAAGCAUUUCCUGAUAUUAAAGGUUCACUGUCACCUCACAUUCUGAAGCUUUGUGAGGAAAAUUUGUGCAAAAAUUAUUGUUUUUUUGAAGGACUUCUUUUGUCUCUUGCUUUGCGUCAUUAUGAAUCAGGAGGAAAGGUUUCCAUGAAAAGUUUCAAAAAUGAUAGAAAAGCACUUGCAUGCGUGAUGAACUUAAUUCGCUUUAUUCAAAAGGCUGAACCUGAUAGCCCUCCUUCAGUUGAUCCCUUUGAGUUUGAUAAGAAUUACAGCAGCUGGCUUCAUGUUUUGUAUUACCACAUGGCAGCAAUUUACACCAUUGAAGAAGCUACUGAAGAAGCUGCUGAAGCUUUUGAGAAUUCCAUUAAAUGCUGCCCAUCUUAUUGCGAUUCCAAAAGGGGACUUGGGUAUAACUUAAUGGAUCUUUACACCUCUAAAACCGUGAAAUGCCGUCAAGGUGUAGAAGAGGAAUUGCCUCCUAAUAAAAAAAGACCAAAUGACAGAGAAAAGUCAAAAUAUGCUUCUUGGACUACCGACAAAUUGAGAGAUUCUGCAGUGAAAGUGUUGCAGGAGUAUCUGGAAGAGGCUCCAAAGUGUAGUAAAAACUACCCAAAUGCUUGUUAUUAUCUUGCAAAGCUUGCUACCGACAUGACUGAGUUCAAAAAGUACUAUGAACUUGGCCAAGAUGCAGAAGAAAAGAGACUUCCUUUCUUUGGUCCGUUCAAUCACCCACUGAAAGACUUGAUGACUGCACACUACCACCUAUUUUCCAAUGUAUGGCAGCCUGUAAGGUGUGGCAACAUGGCUUGCAUCAAGAAAGUUAAGGAGACUGACUUGAAAUCCUGCAGCCGCUGUCGGGACCAAAAAUACUGCGGCAAAGACUGCCAAAAAGCAGACUGGAAGAAUCACAAAGCUUCAUGCACCGAUUCCAAAGGACCCAAGGCAAAGAAUGGAUGUGCCUAAAACCAAAUUAUCGAAAAUUUGAGUUAACCGACUCCUGCUUGUAGAACUGCACUCCCUUGGUCUUCAAUUAGUUACCAGGAGAGCUUACUAGCUGUACGUUCCAGGAAGAUGGAACAUGCCACACCCACGAGGUAUUGCGUGGUAAUGGGUGUUUGAUACGUGAAUCAGAUCAGAAUUUGUAAAAAUCAGGACUAUAAUAUUCGCCAGCAUAUCUUUCUUUAGAUAAAGAUAUCAAGGUUAUUACAUGUAUCUAUUUGUUUUUAAUUUCUUCCCAUUUCGGUAAACAAAAAUCACGAAACGUAGUUUUGUUUGUUUUAAAAGUUGAAACCUCAUUUCCAGAGCUGUAAAUCAGAUGACUUUAGACCAUUCC